AAAACCUGAGGGAGGAGCUACUGUUUACAGUCGCUGCUGCUUUAUACACACACACACAUACACACACACACGUACUGUAGAUCGUUGUUAGCUGCCACUUUAAUAUAUUCACCGUCAUUUAAAAUGAGCGAUAACGACAAAGGUCGGGUUAAGGUCGGACGAAGAAAAUGCAGAAGAAGUCUCAUGUCCUCUUUAUUUUCAAUAAUAUGAAGCUCAGAUGUGUGAAGCUGAAUUGUUGAAUGCAUGCUAAAACAUGAGGAGGGAAGAAGUAUGGGCAGUGUGUGAGAUGGGGGAAGUAAGAAGAAGUAAGACAAUUGAAGAAAGAAGAAUAAUGUGAAGUAAUGAAGUUACAGAAAUGAAGUUAAGGAAGUAAUCUGGAUAAGGUCACUGCGCUAAGUAAUUCUCUGGAUAAUAGUAAUUCUUAACUACAUAGAAAUAUUUAGGCAAAUGAGGCAGAUUUGUCCUCUCAUUGGAGCUGAAAAGAUGCGUGUUGGUGUGUGUGGUCCGUUCAGGAGUCUCGCUCUGCAUCCAGGAGCAUGAGUCCACGUGGCUCAGGGAAGUCGGCAAGCCGCUCCCCGGCUCACUCGCCAGCCCACUCAAAAGAUGGCUCCCGCCACUCCCACUCCAAAUCUCGGUCCCGGUCCAGGUCAAAAUCUGGGUCCCAUUCCCACCGUGGUUCACGCAGACACUACAGCAGAUCUCGUUCCCGCUCAAGGUCCUAUCAUCGCCGAUCUCGUAGUAGGUCUUACAGCGGAGAGCGACGGCGCAGGAGCCACAGCCGCUCACCCAUGUCCAAUCGCCGUAGGCACAUCGGCAACCGUGCGAAUCCAGACCCAAACUGCUGCCUGGGAGUGUUUGGCCUGAGCUUGUACACCACAGAGAGGGAUCUGAGGGAAGUCUUCUCUAAAUACGGCCCCCUGGCGGACGUCUGCAUUGUGUAUGACCAGCAGUCGAGGCGCUCCAGGGGCUUUGCCUUCGUUUACUUUGAGAACACAGGUGAUGCUAAAGAGGCAAAGGAACGAGCCAAUGGCAUGGAGCUGGAUGGUCGUAGGAUCAGGGUAGACUUCUCCAUCACAAAAAGACCUCACACCCCAACCCCCGGAAUCUACAUGGGCCGACCCACGUACGGUGGAGGUGGUCCCAGCGGUCCUCGGCGUUAUUCACGUGACUACGACCGUGGGUAUGAUCGCGGGUACGACAGAGGCGGCUAUGAUCGCUAUGAUGACAGGGACUACUACAGAUCAUACAGAAGACGAUCUCCAUCACCAUAUUACAGAGGGGCUUAUAGGUCUCGUUCCAGAUCACGGUCUUACUCUCCCCGUCGCUAUUGAACAUCAUGGUCAAGCAAAAUCCCCUCUCCUCCGAAGCACAGACAGGAAAUGUUUGAGUGAUGAGAUUGAUUUCACAAUAGAUGUCCUUUCUUCAGGUGAUCUUUUCACUUCUGUUCGCCAACAUGACCAGUACAUUUAAACUGACUCAACACGUGUUUUUUUAUUUUGAAUGUAUAGGCAACCCCUGUCAUAAAUGUUAUAUUAAUAUUUAGAUUUUUUUGGAUACAAAUUGCGUGAAAAUUCAUCUUUGAACAGAUUAAAAGAGAGAUGCAUUUUUUCCACUUU